AUGCAGCGAAAGAAAAGUGUCGGGGGGGAGAAGCGCUUAAACCGAUUCGAGUGGAAGCAAAUUACAAAAACUACACUAAGUGCAGUAAAGGCAAGCAUUCGUAUGUUAGAUGGCGAUGUAACAGAUGUUGUUGAAGCGAAGUCGCUGGGCAUCAGACCCGAUUACAUUGACAUUUACAGCGCAAGCUGGGGGCCAGAUGAUGAUGGGAAGACAGUUGAUGGACCUGGUCUAUUGGCCAAGCAGGCUUUUGAGCAUGGCAUUAAAAAGGGCCGCAGGGGCCUGGGGUCCAUUUUCGUCUGGGCGUCGGGAAACGGAGGCAGAGAAGGCGAUUACUGCUCUUGCGAUGGCUACACCAACAGCAUCUACACCAUCUCCGUCAGCAGCACCACCGAGAACGGGUACAAGCCCUGGUACCUGGAGGAAUGCGCCUCCACCCUCGCCACCACCUACAGCAGUGGGGCCUUCUAUGAGCGAAAAAUAGUCACCGCGGACCUGAGGCACCGCUGCACAGAUGGCCACACCGGCACCUCCGUCUCUGCCCCCAUGGUCGCCGGCAUCAUCGCCUUGGCUUUGGAAGCAAACCCCUUGCUAACCUGGAGGGAUGUCCAGCACCUACUGGUUAAGACCUCGAGGCCAGUGCACCUGCGAGCAGCCGACUGGAAGACGAACGGCGCGGGGCACAAAGUUAGCCAUCUAUAUGGAUUUGGUCUGGUGGAUGCAGAAGCUAUUGUGAUGGAAGCUAAGAAGUGGAAAUCAGUCCCCCCGCAGCAUGUCUGCGUUGGUAGCCUGGACAGGGUGCCCAAGUAUAUCCGUGCGGAUCACGUGGUGCGCGCCACCACUCUCGCCAGCGCCUGCGCUGACCACUACGACCAGCACGUGGUUUACCUGGAGCACGUCGUCGUGCGCGUCACCAUCUCGCACCCUCGCCGGGGCGACUUGCAGAUCAGCCUCAUCUCCCCCGCGGGAACCAGGUCGCAGCUCCUUGCGAGGAGGGUGUUUGACCACUCUAAUGAAGGGUUCAAGGGCUGGGAGUUCAUGACCGUCCACUGCUGGGGGGAGAAGGCAGCGGGGGAAUGGACCCUGGAGAUCCACGACACGCCGUCUCAAGUGCGCAACCCCGCGGCACAAGGGAAGCUGAAGGAAUGGAGCCUCCUUUUCUACGGGACAGCCGAGCACCCCUACAACACGCUCAGCUCCCACCACUCCCGCUCGAGGAUGCUCGAGAUCUCGGCCUCGGAGAUGGAGCCAUCGAAGGUCGCCCUCCUCCAGAGCCAGAUGGAGAUUGUGGAGGAGGAGGAGGAGUACACAGGUCCGUGCCAUCCCGAGUGCGGCGACCAGGGAUGCGACGGUCCCAACGCGGACCAGUGCUUGAACUGCAUCCACUACAGCCUUGGGAGCAUGAAAACCGGCAGGAUGUGCGUGAGCUCGUGCCCGUCGGGGUUUUUUGGUGACAAAGGUGCAAGAAGGUGCCGGAGGUGCUAUAAGGGAUGUGAGAGCUGCCUCGGGAGGGGCCCGAACCAGUGCACAGCUUGCAAGCGGAGCCUCUACCAUCACCAGGAAAUGAACACGUGCGUGGUGCUGUGCCCGCCUGGAUUUUACUCUGAGGAACGUCAGAAACGCUGUCUUAAAUGUCAUCAAAGCUGUAAAAAAUGUGUCGGCGAACCAGAUAAAUGUACUGCAUGCAAAGAUGGAUUCAGCGCCUACGAGCAGUCGACAGCCUCGCGCAGGCUGCGGGACGGCCAGGGCUGGGGCCGACGAAGGAAGCUCUUUUCCCAGCACAGGCGCAUGUGGAAAGUAAAACGCGAUAGUGUUUGGCUUUGCUCGAAAGCCGUAAAGCUGGGCGAGGUGGACUGCGCGGCCUGCGCCCCAGAGGCCCCCGUGCCGGAGUGGAGCUGCGUGCCCGCCUGCCCCGAGGGCUUCUACCCCGGCGAGAGCCCCGGGCUGCCCCACCAAGUCUGCAAGAGGUGCGAUGACCACUGCUUAGCCUGCGAAGGGUCCAGCGGGAACUGUGUCAAGUGUAAGGAAGGCUUCAGCCUCCUCAGCGGCUCCUGUGUGACAAAUGAGACCUGCACCAACGCUGACAAGACUUUCUGUGAGAUGGUGAAAUCAAACAAGCUCUGUGAAAAGAAGCUGUUUGUGCAGUUCUGCUGUCAGACGUGCCUUAUGGCUGGGUAAAGUUCAGCGGCUGCAUCCAGGACUUCCACCAACUGCCAGCCCAGUUUUGCCAAAUGUUUAGGACAAAAGUUUAUUUUUUCAGCUUUGGGAGAGUUUACAUGGUGCUGUCAAGCAUUCGCUUGUAAGUUUGAUAGCUUUAAUAUCACUGUCGGUGUGUUUCUAUAGCGAUAUGUUAAGCUGAAAGUGGCUCAUACCCUGAAAGAUUAAGUCCUAAAAGGCACCAAACAAGCGGUGAUAUUAACACUCUCAAACGCCCCUUGUGAGUGGGGACCAAUGCAUGAUCCAUGUACCCGAGCUCGGUUCUUCGCAGAAACCCUACUGAUUUGCCCGUUCAGAGUGGCUGGCAGGCGCCCACGCUGCAAAGGAUGCAAGACUUCACACGUCUGCGAAGGAAGAGCCUUUUCUGGUUCGACUCUCAGUAGCCUUUUCUGCUAGGUGACAACUGAUACAAAUCCGCAUUACCAAAAGCCAGCGCGCCGUGUUCUGUACAUACGUAAAACGAUGAAUUGGGUAGUCUGCCCGAGCGGUGCUCUGAAGGCAGCUCUGGCACCCCUUUUCAGAUUCAGUCGUUAGCUGUUUCUCUCUGGCCACGAGCAUGGCGAUAGCUGGAGAUUUGAGGACCGAAGCAAGAGCUGAUCUAAAUGACUUUGCAGGCCUGUUAGCCCAGCGAGUCCAUCGGGGCUUUGCUCAGCGUGCUAUUGCACACAGGCGAAACCCCUGUGCCUACACAGAGUCCUGUGGACUCGGGGGGGUUCGUCCACAUGGAUCAGCCUGUGGGAUCCCAGCCUUAUCACUAAAUGUAUUUCCCUUCUGAAACUGCUAGUAAGCUGUUGAUAGAUUAAGUUCUGAAAUGAGCUAGAUCCUUCCUCUUUGAGCUAAGUGAGAUGGUUUCUUAAUUAAUAUCUUCCAGUAUUUUGUAUUAUGAUCCUUCCCGUAUUUUUGGUGGGAAUACUCGUCUCCCUCAAAAAAUCCUCGUAUUCAUGGCAGUGAUUUUUCUUGAGCAUCUGUUUCCGAAAGGAGAUAUUCCAGGGAUCCAGCCAGGAAACUCUAAAUUCUACAAAACCCUCUCACAAAACAAACCUUUUCAUGCUCUCUCUUAAUAGUACAUCAUGUGGUGUUUAUAUAAUUGUGUUUAAAAUAUCCUUGGCUAUGUUGUUUUACAGAUUUUUUAAAAAAUAACUUAUACAAUCCUUGUUUUUCUCUGUAGAUUAUUUUUUGUAUGGGGAGUGGGGAAUCUUUUGUCUUACGUCCUUCUGCUCUUUCCAGCCUCUCUCCAACCUUGCAGAGAUGCUCUUUUCACUAGACAUAUGUAAACAAUUAUUUCCUCUGCUGCAUGACCUGAUUUUCAUUGUUAAUAGUUUUAACAAAUUAAACCUUUUGCCAGUGAAAUUCACAGUACAAACUAUCACCAGUUCCUUAUGGAGCUGGGAUAAUCCCUGCUUGGUUUUGGUUGCAACGAUACGCACCCUGCCUGGGCUUGCCCACUAGAGCUUAUCUCGGCCAGGUGAAGAGGGGAGAGCCAAACUGUCAUCGGUCCUAACCCGAGUGGACCAGAACCAAGUAAAGAUGGAGCUUUGGUGAACCGACCUUUAAGUUAAUAAACUAUUGAUCUCCCCUGACAAAGGAAUCUGUGCUUUUUCCAAAUUCAGCGCAGCCACCACCCUGACCAGAGGCAGGUGAAGGCUGUGACACACCACGUGUCUUUAUUUUACUGGACAAGGAAGCUGUCCUGCUCAGAGCUCCUGAUCGGCCCCAGAGCAUCUGUGGGCAAGAUUGCUUAUGAACUGCAUCUGCAAAAACUUAGACACGUUUAUUGUCAUAAAGGUCUUUUACCCUCAGAAGAAAUGCACCUCCUGAAUGUCCCCCGUAGUCACAGAUCUCCAGAGCCCUCAAGUAGUAUUGACGCUGUCGUUGCUUCAUUAUUA